AUGCUAGGGAUAAAAGGGGUACCUCCAGCACCUGCACAUCAGCUGCCAUCGCCACUGCCAUCUCCGCUCUCGUCCGUCCCAACCUCUCCCAAAGGUGGUAACAUUGUCGGAGCGAACAUAAAUACAAACAUCACAGCAUCAUCCCCAUAUCCAACCGACAACGCAAACGAUGCAUCCCUCUCCUGCCACCGUAGACCGAAAGCAACCCCACAUAAAUCUAUCUCAAACACCAGUAAUCAAGUAAAGAACUAUCCCGACAUGACCAAUGACGAACAACCCAAUGAUACCACACUUCGACUGGACUAUUAUCAAGACUUGAUCAACAAUCCGAAAAACUAUUACGAGCAGGUGCUGAAACAGUUUAGGAGUAGUGUCGCUGCUAGUCCCACGACAAGGAAACUACAAAAGAAUUCAACUACUCUGAAACGAGACACUGUAUCCACUACCACAUCAACAACGUCAAACACCGUCACUGCAGCAUCUGUAGUUGAAUUCUCGCAUAAAGACCUCCCGGAAGAGUUACAGGACCUAGACAUUUAUUCUAUUGAUUUGGAAGGAUCAAAGUGGAAGGAUACUCAGGGGGCAGUUAAGGUUGAAUGGAGGAAAGGUCUGCCACUAGAGCUCCCCACACAUCUGGAUGGCUACUCUCUUCUCACUACCGAAGAAAUACAUACAUGCCAAACACUAAGGUUCUUGCCCUGCCAGUAUUUAUUCAUCAAGCGGGUAUUGCUCUCGGCUGUAAAGGAAAAGUGGUUUAGGAAAGUAGACGUACAAGGAUGGUUUCGCAUGGAUGUGAACAAAUCAGCCAAAGUAUAUGACUGGUUUGUUUCAUUGGGAUGGCUGCCGGGGGAUAUCGACGAAUGGAGGUCGACACACGAUGAUAGAAAACCACCACCACGUAUUCCGGCAAAGAAACGGCCACAAACUGUGGCGAGAACGCCUACAUAA